AUUACCAGAGGGUCGUGAGCAAAGCGAGUUCGAAACCAUUGCACAUGCUCAGACGGCGGGGCCGUAAAGCUACAUUGCAUGUUACGAACAAAGCGAAUGUCUUUGCUAACUAUUCACGGACGAUAAACGCACAUUUGCUGUACAUAUAGAACUAACAAUACCCACUAUUAUUGGAGUUACGUGGGUGUUCGGUUCCUGACUAUGUCAACAGCCGACGAUUCACGUUAUAACGAUCACGAUGACCGAGUUGGAGGACAAAAGGUUCGCAACCGUAAAGGCAGAGGGCCUUUCAGGGCCCCUAUGUAUAGUGACCAGGGGCCAGUAGGGCCAAGACCAAGACAUCGUGGUAGCCAAAGAGGCGGCGGCGGCCCGGGACCCAGAGCGCGAUUCGACGAUGAGGAUGGAGAUGUGGCAAUGGCGGACAGCAACUCCCAAGAUGGAUCCUCCCAACACAGAUUUAACCCUUAUGGAAGACCAAAUCGGCGUGGGGACGACCGAUUUGACCGGGGCCGCAGAGGUGGUGGUGGAGGUCACAGGGGUCGUGGGAAUAACAAAGGAGGGGAUGGAGGUGGAGGUGGCCGCAAGAACUGGUUCAAGAUGUCUGUCCCCUAUGGAAAGAAAUACGACAAAGACUGGCUGAUAACAGCACUGCAGAAUAUCUGCUCCAUGCCCUUCACCCCAGUACAUUACCACGUAGAGGGAAACCGAGCAGAGUUCUUUAUUGAUGAUUCCACGACUGCGAAUGCCUUGUUUAAGGUAUCACGGAAGAUCACAGACAAAGAGGGCUACAAGGUGACUGUACUGAUGAAUCCCUGUCCUCCACCCUCCUUUCUUCAGUCUGAACUAAAGCCAGCUGAUCUGGAGCACCUGAAGCAAUGCAUGGCUAAACGUUUUGAUGGCUCUCAACAAGCGCUGGACUUGAACAACAUCCGGAUAGACCCAGACCUGGUGUCCCAGAACAUUGAUGUGACUUUGAACAGAAAGAACUCCAUGCGUGCUGUUAUUAAGAUAAUUGAGGAGAAUAUUCCAGAGCUUGUUUGUCUGAACCUUAGCAACAACAAGCUAUUUAGGCUGGAUGACCUGUCAGAGCUGGUCAACAAGGUUCCCAACCUGAAGACACUCAACCUUUCUCAUAACGAGUUAAAGACAGAGCGCGAGCUGGACAGGAUCAAGGGUCUUAAGCUGGUGGAGUUAUGGCUGGAGAGGAACCCCCUUUGUGACUAUUUCAAGGACCAGGCUUCAUACAUCAGCGAGGUGAGAGAGAGGUUCCCCAGGCUUCUCAAACUGGACGGUCAGGAUCUCCCCCCGCCCAUAGUCUUUGAUGUGGAGGUGACUCCUGCCGCCCUUCCACCUUGCAAGCCCAGCUACUUCUGCUCUGAAGAGAUCAAGACUCCCAUCGUUGGCUUCCUACAACAAUACUACAGUGUGUAUGACUCCGGAGACAGACAGCCUUUGUUAGAUGCCUACCACGAUGGAGCAACCUUCUCCUUGAGCAUGCCCUUCACCAUGCAGAACCCCUCCAGGUGCAGUCUUGGCGAUUACCAUAAAGACAGUCGCAACCUGAAAAAGCUCAAGGAUCCCACCACACGAUUCCGCUUACUGAAGCACACUCGUCUGAAUGUGGUGGCUUUCCUGAGCGAACUGCCCAAAACGCAGCAUGACACUGCAUCUCUAAUUGUGGACGUCAACACCUUCACCAACACAUUACUGUCGUUCACGGUCACUGGAGUGUUCAAGGAAGUUGAAGGUAAAUCCCGCGACUCUGUGAGAGCUUUCUGUCGGGUGUUUGUCACAGUGCCAGCUGGAGGGACAAGUCUUUGCAUAGUGAAUGACGAGCUGUUUGUGCGCAAUGCUACGACUGAGGAGAUCCGCCGGGCCUUUGUGGCACCUGCCCCCACCCCAUCCAGCAGUCCUGUCCCCACCCUCUCAGCCCCCCAGCAAGAGAUGCUCUCUGCCUUCUCACUCAAGUCCGGCAUGAAUCUUGAAUGGUCCCAGAAGUGCCUACAGGACAAUGAGUGGGAUUUCAACCGAGCAGGGCAGGUCUUCACAGACCUCAAGGCUCAUGGAAAGAUCCCAGAUGUCGCUUUCAUAAAGUGAACAGGAAUGGCUGUGAAGCUUUUUAAUUAUUGUCAUUGGUCUUAUUUCUGUUGAUUCUUAUGCAGUUAUCCUCCUGGAUUACAAGAUAACAUAUACUUCAUUAUUUGUAUAAUUAAACAUGAUUUAACGUGUUCAAA